AUGUCGCAAAUUCCAUCUUAUCCGUCGUCGCGGACUCGAGGGCAAGGUUGCCAUCGUUACGGGCGCAGCUGUGCCGGAAAAGGGAUGGGGAAUGGACGAGCCAUAUCUAUCAUGCUUGCCGAAGACGGCUGCAACGUACUAUGCCUAGGCUUGAACUUCGAAUGGGCUCAUAAGAUAGCACAGAUGUCUACUGCAAGGUCGCAGAAGGUGAAAGCUCUGCCUCUCAAGUCUGACUUCGGAAGACUAGACAUCUUGGCCAACAUCGCCGGCAUUGGUGGUGCAGCGAAAGACCUCGAGAUCAAUGUCAGAAGUAUGAAGGAAGGCGAGAUCCGAGGCAGCAUCGGCGGGACACUGCACUUGCUCCACCCAACGAGCAAAGGUGCUGUGGUGAACAUGACAAGAGCGAUUGCGGCGCACCAUGCGUCAGAUGGUAUCCGUGUGAACUGUGCUUGCCCCGGAAUGCUGUAUACACCGAUGAUGUACGCGGGUGGUAUGAAUGAUGAGGCUCACGAAGCUCGUCGAAAGAUACGUCUACUUGGCUCAGAUCGCAAUGGAUGGGAUGCAGCUUAUAUAGUAACGUUCCUGGCGAGUGAUCAUGCCCGAUGGAUUACAGGAGCAAUCUUGCCUGUCGAUGCUGGUUCGACUGUGGCAGUUGGGAUCGGCAUGCCGAAGAGCGCGAGCGUCAAUGGAUGA